AUGUCUAAUCCAACUGAUCUAUCGCAAUUGUAUAUUUUAUUAUCAUAUGAAAAGUUACAACGUUCAACAAUAAGUCAACGUCAACGACCUAUUGAAGCAUCAUUAAGAAAUCGUUUAUUAGUUUGGCGUUUUCUUAAAAAAAUUGAAAAUGAACCAGUAUCAACAAUAAUCAAUUCUGAACAGCAAUUAUUAACAAAUAAUGAUUCAAAUAACAGUUCAUGGAUACUUGAUUUAAAUGAAAAUUGUGAUUCAAAUGAAAUUGAUAUGGAUAUUGAUUCUGAUAUAGUAACUGUUGUAAGUAAUAAUGAAACAAAUGAUUCAACGUGUGACACAAUGGAUAUUGAACAAGAAACUGAUGUAACAUUAUUAUUAAAACGUGCAAUUGGUGCUGAACGAAGACAAAAAAUUUCAACAGAAAAUUUAAUUUUAAAUGAAAAUAAUAAUAAUAACAAUAAUAAUAAUAAUAAUAAUAAUAAUAAUUUAUCUGAAACGACAACACUUGAAGAAACAGAACAAUUUUUUCAUGAUUUAUGUGCCGAAUUAACAAAUACGACAGCAGCCCUUGUAUCAUCAUCAUCAACAAAUUCCUUAAGAUGUCCAACACCACCCGAACAAACACUUAUACAUUAA